ACCCUGAAACUGGAAGAGUACUUUGUUCCUUUAGCUCAAUUUGCUCCCUCCUUUUCUUGUAAAAAGCUAGAGUGAAAUCUCUUGCAAGUCUGCAAACCCUUAUUCUGAUUAGGUGUUUAAUACCUGUAUUUGUUAGCUGUUGUUAGAUAGUAGAAGGGCAUGUUCUGACCUUGAGUUACAGAAAUUGCAGUGUGUACUAGUUCCUAAUUUUGAGGUGUUUGUCUGUAUCAUCUUGUGGAAGUGACUAGUAACUGUAUCUACAGCCUGGCCUGUAUACUUCUAGCUGAGUCACUUUGUUCAACAGAAGCCAGUGUGCGUUUGAGUCCUAGAGCAUAAAACAUCAUGAAAACACUUUGGACUGCUUUAAUUCUUCUGUCUCUGCUCAUGUUAAUCUUUUCUAGUUUAAGCUAUGGGGUACAUUGAAACUUUAUUCAUUACGAGUAGUAAUUUCUCUGUGUGCAGUUUGCUUUCCUUGCAAAUUACUUUUAACUGUAGCAUUUUUAGCUUAAGGACUCUGGUUGUCUAUUCAGCUGUAAGUACUUUAGGCAUUCUUUAUCCAUGUAAAAGACUUACAAACACAGUAGCCUAAAAUGUAGUUCAGCCAUCAAAACUUUUGAGCAUGAGUUAAAUACUUUACUUUAAAUUCUAGAACUAUUUUUUAGCACUUGUUAAUAGUGGCAGUUUAGAUGUGGCUGGACAGUAACUGGAGGUACUGGUUGGUGUAUGAGGAUUAAUGGCAGUAAUGUUGUAGAAGUGGCAUGAUUCAAAAGCUGAAAGAGGUCAACUACAUCUCUUGAAAAAAUAAAGACCUCUCUAGAAUUGCUAUAUACCUGUGUAGUGUUGAGAAACUAGGAGGAAAGCUAACUGGUUGCCAGCAGCAUGUCUAGCCUUCUGAGGUCUCCCAUCUGCGCAGACCCUGCCUUACUGAAUGAAGAGCUAACAGGUUUGUAUUGUUGUACUCUUGCUCUUUUCUGCUGUCCUUGUUUUAGAGUUCAGGGGCUUUGUGUCCCACAAAACAUUUCAUGUACAGCUCGCCUCAGCUAAAUGCUGCACAGAACUGGGUUAAUACUGGUGUGUGUUUUAGGAGACUAGCUCACAGAACAGUCUGGUGCCUCUGAGCCUCACUAUUUGAAUUCAGUGUGUUCUAUAGCUAAUGCUGUUGCAAAUAAUGGAGUACUUUAUUAUGAAAAUGGAGAAAAGAAUAUGACCUUUUCUAUCAAGAUGAAAAUAAAUUUCCACUGAAGACCAUGGCAUUUGAAAAAGCAUUGUAAUUGAUCCUGCCUUUGGACUUGUGUUUGGAAGAGCUAGCUUUCUGGUGUGUGUACUAGGUGCUUGGUCUCCCUAUCAGGAGGUUCCUUAGGAGUUGGUUGUUAAUGAUCCUGUGUGUAAGCUUCUGAAAAACACAGCAGAGUGCCUAUUCUUUACUGGAUUAGUGGGGAUAAUGCUAGCCUGAACUUCCAAGAUGAAGAAAGGAUCACAUGUUCAGAGACUAAGUGGAUUUCUUGAAAGUGAAUUGUUCAUCUCAAGAUUCUGAAGGCUUAAGAGAUUUCAGAGUGUCAUCAGAUGGCAAAACCCCUGCUUUUUUUCACUUACGGUGGUGGGCUUUUUGGUACACUGACUUUUUAAAGUUAGUCUUUUCUGUUGCAUGGAAUAGGCUACUUUGCUGGCUGGUGCUUGUGUUUUUGUGUGGCUCCAGGAGGACAGGUGAGUUGAUAUGUAACUCUUGGGUUAUGUGGUGUCAGCUGUAUGGGGUUUUCGUAGCUCUUCCUUAUAUCCUGAACAGCAAAAGCCUUCUAAGGGUGGCAAAUGAUCUGGUCCCAUCCAGCUUCCUAUGCUUCAGUUUCUGGAGACAGUAGUUACAUAGUGACAAAAACUGAAUGUCAGAAAAUUGUUAUGAUGUAUAAUGCUUCUGCCAAACAUGCCACCGUGUUAAUAGAUAAGAUGUUAGGAUGUGCUGUGGCUUUUAUGUCAGUGUUAAAUGGCAGAACCCUUUCUGGAAUACUGUUCAGUCUUUGAUACUGUGCUCAAGGACCUGCAUCAGUAAACUUGAAAGUGCAGUAAACAGAACAAGAAAUUACAUGGUCUCACCUUCUCAGUAGCUGGAACACUGGGAGUAUACUUCCACUGUAAGGGAAAUUAGCUGUGGAGGGUCAACAUCCUUGUAUCUUAGUUUUCCUCUCCUGGGGGCAUCAACUAGUAUAAUAUGCUAGAAAACUAAGAGUUUAUAGGAGCAGAUACUAAGUAAGACUGAAUGCCACCCAAUGUCCAGUGAGGUAGUCCUGAUGGUAGCUCUGCACUGCAACAAGUAGCCUGAGGAGUUCUGGUCUCUCUUGUAGAAGGUCAUGAGUGUGUUCUGUAAAUAUCUGCUAGAAACGGUCUAAAUCUACUUGGCUUGCCUUAAACUAGGGGAUGGAUUAUCUCAUGGCUUCUCCAGUGGCUUUCUAAAAGGUUUCUCACUUAUUUUCCAUACUGUCCUACUUGCACAUGUAGGGAAGGGUGAGGAGAAGAGAGGAAUGAAAAAGGUUUAACUAUUACAGUCUCCAACCCCUUUAGAUUCCCAUAAACUACUCGUAAAAGCAAAUGAGGCUUCUCCUUGACUGGUGUUCAGAUAUGAUUAUGAAACUCGGCAUGCGUUUGUUGGUGAUUAUUCUGGACAGAUCACUCUCCUGAAGCUUGAGCAGAACACUUGCUCAGUUAUUACAACACUCAAAGGGCAUGAAGGAAGUAUUACUUCCCUGUGGUGGGAUCCUGUUCAACGGCUGCUCUUCUCAGGUGCCUCUGAUCACAGCAUUAUCAUGUGGGAUAUUGGUGGAAGGAAGGGGCGAACACUGCUGCUCCAGGGACAUCAUGACAAGGUGCAGGCUAUCUGUUACAUCCAGCUGACACGGCAGCUGGUAUCUUGUUCAGCUGAUGGGGGAAUUGCUGUUUGGAAUAUGGAUAUCAGCCGAGAAGAGGCUCCUCAAUGGCUAGAAAGUGAUUCCUGUCAGAAGUGUGAACAACCUUUCUUCUGGAAUAUAAAGCAAAUGUGGGACACAAAGACAUUAGGGUUGAGACAGCAUCAUUGCAGAAAAUGUGGGCAAGCAGUGUGUGGCAAGUGCAGUACCAAACGGUCAAGUUACCCGAUUAUGGGAUUCGAGUUCCAGGUCCGUGUUUGUGAUGCCUGUUUUGAGUCAAUCAAGGAUGAAGACCGUACUUCCUUAGCAACCUUUCAUGAAGGAAAACACAACAUUUCACACAUGUCCAUGGACAUCUCCAGAGGGCUCAUGGUGACUUGUGGGAGUGACCGGAUUGUGAAGAUACACUUUAUACUGCUCUUCAGUCGGCAGGGGAAAUUAAGGCUUCAGAAAUGGUAUAUGACGCUACCUGAUAAAGAGAAGAAAAAGAUCGUUCGAGAAAUUGUUCAGAUUAUUUUGUCUCGCAAUCAAAAAACAAGUAGUUUUGUUGACUGGAAAGAUCUCAAGCUUGUUUACAAAAGGUAUGCCAGUUUGUAUUUUUGUUGUGCAAUAGAAGACCAGGAUAAUGAGCUCCUGACACUAGAGGUCGUUCAUCGAUAUGUAGAGCUUCUGGACAGAUACUUUGGAAAUGUGUGCGAGCUGGAUAUUAUCUUCAAUUUUGAAAAAGCUUAUUUUAUUCUUGAUGAGUUUAUAAUUGGUGGAGAAGUACAAGAGACUUCAAAGAGGUCUGCAGUGAAAGCCAUAGAAGACUCUGACAUGUUGCAGGAGACAGUGGAAGAGUACAUGAACAAGCCUGCAUUUUAAUGUUAAAACUACCUGGAGAACUGCUGUAUGCACCGGUAAAAUGCACUUCCUGAAAUUGCUUCCCAAUGUGCCAGAUCCUCAGAGAAGUACCAAAAACCAGUAACUAAAGGGAUUUGUUUGUAUAAUGGUGAAGAUGAAGGUCAGCUAAUGUAGCACAGGGUUUAACAAUUCUGUACUUGCAUUACUCUGCAUAUGAGUUUCUCAGAGUUGUUAUUACCCUUGAUCUAGUUUCUCUUCUCCUUGCUGGACUAAACACUUGUUUUGUACCGUAUCUUUUAGCUACGGGUUUUGUCAUCGUAAAAUGUUACUCUGACAGUACUUUGUAGAAGUAUUUUUACUAAUUUUGGUCCACUGCUGACCGUAUGAUUCUACUUUUGUACAAAUGUCCAUUAUUUUGAAUGUAACGAUUAUUCUGCUCUAAUAAUAAUUUUUUUCUAAAAGCCAAA